AUGUCGACACCCUCGUCGCCGUCGUGGCCGAAGCGCCGGUCCAAGGCUUGGGCUAUGCGCUGCGAACGAUACUGUUGCAUGGCCGCGACUUACUUCCCGUUGGCAUUCGUCUAUAGCUUGACAACAUGGGCUGUGUAUGUCGAGGCUAGCGUUGGUUUGAAACCUACGAGUAGUCCCUGGAUUGGACUACCAACCUCGAUUCUUGGAGUCGUCCUCUAUCUCGGCCUUAAUAUAUCUUAUACAACCGCCGUCUUUACCGAUCCUGGCUCGCCCCUGGGGAAUAGCGCGCGCGGCAACGACCGACAUCAGUACAGCGCGUUACCGAUCACCGAACUGCCAGAGUAUACCUCCUUCACCGUGAACUCGACAGGAGGAUCACGAUUCUGCAAGAAAUGUCAGUGUCCGAAACCUGACCGGGCACACCACUGCUCAACAUGUAAACGCUGUGUAUUGAAGAUGGACCAUCACUGUCCGUGGCUGGCGACCUGCGUCGGAUUGCACAACUACAAGGCGUUUCUUCUUUUCCUUAUUUAUACAUCGCUGUUUUGCUGGGUGGAUUUUGCUGUGUCGGCUCUCUGGAUCUGGACGGAGGUGUUCAAUGACACCCAAUAUAUGGAUGGCAUUCUCCCAGUGAAUGUUGUGCUGCUUUCCAUUCUCGGCGGUAUUAUUGGAUUGGUUUUGACGGGGUUCACGGCUUGGCAUAUCAGCCUUGCUGUUCGUGGUAUGACCACGAUAGAAUGUUUAGAGAAAACCCGGUACGUCUCGCCGCUGCGGAAAGCGCUGGACCGCCACCGCUACGAGAGCCUACUUGGCAACAAUGAUGCUCGGAAUGGCGACGAACACCAAGCCAGUCUCGGCGGUCGGCUGCAAGACUACGGAAACCAGAUCCUAGAUGCACACGCGAAUGCCAUACCCGGCGUGACUCGGCCAGAGGAAGGCGAAGAGUCAACACUUGGAUCGGAGAACAUGACACCCGCGCAACAAGCCCUGUCCCGCUCGUACGCCGAUCUAGAGCGACAACGCGAGCAUGACCGGUACGAAAACUACCUAUCGGAACUCGACAACGAAAAGAUGCCAAAUGCGUUCGACCUAGGCUGGAAGCGGAAUCUGCUGCAUCUCUUUGGCGACAGGCCUCUAUAUUGGUUAUUGCCGAAGCCCACGACAACAGGUAAUGGGUGGGACUGGGAGCCGAGCCCGAGGUUUCUGGAGGUGCAAGAACGGGUACGUCUGCGCCGCGAGCAAGCGGCCGAAGAACAGCGACAGCAUGAUCGGGAUCUGUACCUGCGAAACAUGAACAACGGUCGCAGUUGGCUGGGCACGGAUAUUCCACAGCCGCAGGGACGCACGCCGGACCAGUAUCUGGCCAGUGCGAGUGAUCCAGAUCGGCCUACUACAGGAGUCUCGAUGAAGACACUUCCGCCAAUGUCUCCGCGGCCGCGGCCGGGUGAAGGCAGUUAUGGAGAUGAUCUUGAUGACGAGGGUUUUACCCUCACUCCUAGCCAUGGCAAGGGAUCGGUAAAUACAGGUUCACGGGAUGAUGACUGGCGGGACUGGGACUAA